AUGGCGGACGUCGGGGAAGUAAAUCUUUUACAGGUCAUCUGCUUGAGCAGGGCAAUGUUGUUUAUAGCUCAUGAACUUAACAGUAAGCAAUGUGCGCUCGUGAUGGUCACAAGUUUGGAAGCAAAGGUCACACCAUUUUCCUCUGCCUCGUCACAAACAGUCAAGAUGCUGAAAACUCAAGACGUGAUCCUGCUCUGCUGUCUUGUUGGGACAACAAAUGCCCUUUACAAACAGUGGAUACCUGAUACCAACUAUGAGAAUAAGACUAAUUGGGACAAAGGAGAUGUUCCAUGUGGCAGUGACAUAGCUCAGUUUCCAUCUCAAAGAAAACUGUCUGUGUUUGUGGAGACCACGCAUGCUGUGCAGGAGAUGAGACUGCCAGUCGACGGAGAGCUCAUACUGAAUUCAGGGGCCGGCUUUUACGCUGUGAGUGGACAAGACCCUGGUUGUGGCGCAGGUGUAACUACCCACUUCAAAGACUCAGAGUCUCUUCAGUGGUUUAAUCCAGCUCUGUGGCAGGCAGCUGGAACCCUAGAUGACCUGCAAAAUGGAAACUUCCUGUUUUCAGUCCAUGAGGAGAGUGUUCCCUGUCAAUAUGAUGAUGUUGUUUUCAAAGACCUGUCUUCCUUCCGUGUGGACACCAGCUCCAGCCAGUCUAGUAUCCCAGCUAAAUCUGUCUCUGUGCUUGGGAAGGUGUUUGAAAGUCAAUCUGAGUUUUCUCAAUAUCUCAGCUCACACUCAGGCCAACUGCAGUUUCAUGGGUCCUCGGCUGUCACCGUUGGAAACCCAGUCUGUAGUAGUCCUUCUGGCUGUGACUGUGGGAACUCUGUAAACAAUGAGCGGAUCUGUAGCACAGUAACAUGUGCCUCUUUGAGCUGUAAGAAGCCUCUCCAACCUGUAGGACACUGCUGUGAAGUGUGUGGUGCCAUUGUUACCAUCCAUUAUGCUGCCAAUUUUAACCUGCAGAAUUACAGGGAACGAAUCCGUCACCUUUUUCUUAUCCUGCCACAGUACCAGUCCAUUCAGCUGGGCAUGUCUAAAGUUUUUCAUUCACAGCGGUUAAUGGGGAUUAUCCCAACUGGUGCAAUUUCUGUGAUACAGGUUGUUAUUCUGGAUGGCGAGAGGGGGAAACUGUCAGAAGCUCUGGCCCAGGACAUAACAAAGGAUGCUCGUUCUCAUGGCUCUAAACUGGGAAUCACAGAGACUGAAUUUCAAGCUUCCUCGGGUAACAGCAGCAAACAAUCUGGAGGAAAUGCAGGGGUUGUGGUUGGAGUUGUGUUUGGAGUUUUAAUUUUGAUAACGUUCAUUGCUACCUUAGCUGUUUUGAUUCGUAAGGGUGUUGUUCAAAUGCCUGCCAUGCCUUCAAUGCCAUCCAUGCCAUCUCUUCGCCACUUGCAGAAAAACGCUGAUGUUGGAGACCUCGGUGGGCCUCUCGACCAGGGAUUUGAUAACCCUAUGUUUGAUAAACCUGAAAUGAUGACUAAUAAUCCUGGUCUAUAUGGAACUGAACAUAAUUCAAUCUCUAUGACUCAGACAGGAGUGCACUUUAUAAAUCCACUUUAUGAUGAAAAUGAAACAGAUUUUACAGUGUAAAGCUGAUCCUCACAUGUAUUACUGAUUUGUUCAUUUUUCUUUUGAAUUAACACAAUGAUUUAACAGUUCAUGAAUAACAUGUUCUUAGCAGUGAGUAAAGCAAAGACUGUAAAAUGUUGACAGAUAGCAAAGCCUGAGUAAACAUUUACACACUCCUGUGCCUGGUAUACAUGUGAG